UCUCCAUCUCCGGUCACUGUUCGACAAAGCUUUGAUGUAAGUGUCAAGACAAGUAGCUGGUGCAUAAUGAUUGCAAUAACUUCUGUUAAGGGUUGGAAUGAGCAGAAUGAGGUGAGAUGGGUCUACAAGCUGAGAUGUGUUGGUUUUUUCAGAGAGGGCGAGGUAUGGGAGGGAUUUGGCUUCGAAAGAAGAUGAGAUGCUCCGGUAUUUACCUCGGAGCGGGUAAAGAGAGUGAAAUUCAUUGCAGAAGAUCGAUGGAGCCAAGAUUGUUCAUCUUCUUCUUCGAAUCACUCCUGUUUUAUUUUGUUUCUUUUUCCCCUAACCUUACAACCGGAAGAGCGAUGGGGCCGAUUGCUCUUCUUCUUCAAUCGCUUGUGCCAAGGCCACAAUCGGCCUGCAGCCCAAGGUCACGACUGUUGCCUGACGGUGGCGAUCAUAUAUAAUGGUUAAUCAGUUUCCGGAGACCAAAGAUGUAACUAAGGACAGGAGGCACGCAUUAUUGUCACUGGCCUCUACAAAACGCAAAACCCCGGGAUUUUGACCAGUCCCACCGAUUUGGUGGGACGUUUUAGAGGGAUGGGGUGGGAGAAAUCAUGAGCAACGUGGGCCGACAGGAAAAAUGCUUAUGUUUUUUAUUGUCAACUCAAAAUCCCACCGCAUUAAACCAAACUUCUUAACAUGCUAAGGGGUGGGAUAAUUCUUACAACAAUCCCACCCCAACAGUCCUACCCCAUCAAGAUCCCUCUAAACAAACGGGGUAAAGACAGAGCGCGGGAAAGGAAUCAGCCGCCAAAUCAUCUCACCUAGUCGGAUGGUGGUUUCAAUGCACAAGAUCAGAUCAUUGUCCAAGGAUGACGGAACAUCACUGGAGGGAUGAAAUAAAAUCCCUUUUGGGGUCUCGUGUUGCUCCUGAAAAAACUGAACAGCUUGAAGAGACGAAAAAAGAAAUUGAAAAUAAAGUGAAAAGGAUCUUGAACAAAGAUGAAGGAGAAGAGGAGAACUUGAACAUAGAGUUACAACUUGUUGACCUAGUCGUGGAGUACCACAAACAGUGCCAAUCACUCUAUGAACAUCAUGAUGAUCAUGCUGCAGAGUUAAAGGAGAAUUUUCGUUACCAAGAAGGAACAAGUUCCGGCCAAUAUUCUGAUUCGAAUCCUUCUUCUGAGGAGAAACCCAGUGGAAGCAUUAAACAACAAAUUGAAGCUGCAAAUGAUAAGGGGAAGAAAUUCUCUGAAGACCUGCAAGCCAGAGAUGAUCAGUUGAAGGAUGAGAAUUCAACAUUGUGGGAUGAGAAUGGAGCAGUAAAACAUGAAUGGGUAUUUGUAAAUGAGGGAGCUGCUGAUUUAACUCAGGAACGGUGUUCUGCUCAGGUGGAGAACCUGGUACUGGUUUCAAAAACUGUAGAAAUUGCAAAUACCAUGGAGUGGGAACACAGAAUAAUACAGGGUUUACAAUUUGAGCUGGCCUCUUUACAAACCCAGAAAAAGGAACUGGAAGAGCAGUUUGAAGAGCAAAAUUUAAAGCUGCAGUUGGUUCAAACUGAACUACGGGACAAAAUUUUAGAAUUGGAAAGAAUAUCAAAAGAGAAAGAGGAUAACCAAAGCAAAUUGAAAUUGCAGAUUGCAGGAGAAAAGCAAGAAGCUGAAGGAAGUCAGACUAGCAAGGUUGCUAGUCUGCAGAAAGCACUGAAAAAUUCAACUGAAGAGCACAAACAACUUCAGCAUCAGUCUCAGGAAAACUACCAGUCAAAACUUGACUUUAAAGAUGAGAUGAUUGAUUCGUAUAUUGAGAUGAAGGAAGGAGUAAUAAUUAGAAACGAAAUGAUUGUAAUGUUUCAGAAUGAGAAAAACAUGACUGAAAUUAACCUGCUGCUCUCAAACGAUAAGCUUCAUGCCACAGAACAAUUACUUGCUGAGAAGAAAGAAGCCUACAGAAAAGAAGAAGAGAAGUUCCAACAAGAAUGUAAAGAACUCAAGGAUCAAAAUUCCAAAUUGUCCAAUGAGAUUGCUGCGGCUGAGAGAGAUCUCAUUGAGAUCAGGAGUUCACUGGAGAAGACACGAAAUUCAUUUUCCAGACUUGAAGUAGUGUUCCAGGAGUUCCGGGAAAAUGACAGUUCCUUCCACAGCCGUGUUGUUGAAGUCUCAGAAGCACUUUGGAUUGUAAAUAACUUGCUUAUGGACACAAAUGGUAAGAUAGAAGAAUUGGAGGAGAGACUCAACGUGAAAGAAGAUGAGGUGCUCAAAAUAGAGGAAGAGAAGAAAGAAGUGAUAAGGUGCUCAGCAUGUGUACCACUGUAAUCAAAUUGAUGAUCUGAUGGAUGUCUUGAGAUUUUUUCAUUUAUUCAUUUUUCAUUUUUUCACUUGUAGGGCAGGUGGACUUUUAAAUUGAAUUGAGAAAUGAAUACCAAAUCUAGCUUUCUUUUCAGUCUGUAUUAUUUUAGAAAAUCCCCUUCCUCAACUGAAGGGAGAAAGUAGAAGAAAAAUGGAAAAUUGUUUCUUGGAUGAA